UUUCAUACAGCCUUGUUUCUCUGCACCUCUGUCCACUGAGGAUGGUAAAGAUGUUUCAGCUGAGGUCGUUUGUUCACCAGCGGCUGUACGCGGCGGCGGAGGAGAUCCUGGGAGAGGUGGAGAAAACCGUAUGGUUAGCGCUGCACGAAGCCACCGGUGUCCGCCGAGCGAGAGAGGAGAAAAAAACGGACUUUAUCAACCACAUAUCAGCUACAGGAUCUCCACUUACCAACAGUCCUGUGACUGGACAGGAGGAGGAGGAGGAUGAGGAGACCUCAACACAGCCCGUGAUACAAGAGGAGUCUCAGUGGAGUGCAGCUGAGGUCCCAGGCUCCUCUCUUACCUGUGCAGCAACAGAACACAAGGAUGGGAACUACUGCCUGGUUCAGAUAGACUUCAAAAUAAAAGAGGAGCAGGAGGAUGACAGUCAAACGCAGGAGGUCGUUUCUCUUCCUCCUGAAGCUGUGAAAACUGAACACGAUCAGCCAGAGACACAUGUGAUUGAUGAACUGCAGCCAGUUUCUUCAUUCUGCUCUGCAGCUCAGAGCGAGAACAGUGACAGUGAUGAGGAGUGGAUGUGCAGCAAAACGGCAAAGGCUUUGCGAAGACAGAAUGGCAGCCUGAAGCAGAGAGGUCAAGUGGUUUCGCCUGAUGGAGAUUCCUCUGCUAAAAGUCAAAAGGGCCGCAGUGUUUGUCCUGUGUGUGGGAAGGGGUUCCAGUACAUCCGUCCCUUCAUGAAACAUCUAAAAACACAUAAUCGCACGAGUGAGUCCACAAAGGAGCUUCUGUGUCGUCUGCAAAGCGCGCACAGCAAACGCCUCGUUUGUGGCGUCUGUGGCAAGAAGUUCACCAACCCCGGCAGUCUACACAUACAUUCAAAAAUACACACGGGGGUUAAAGACUUUAAAUGUCAAGACUGUGGGAGAAUGUUUGUCCGAAAAGAGCAUCUGAUUGUGCACACGAGGACGCAUUCGGGGGAGAGACCGUAUCACUGUGAUAUUUGUGGGAAAGCAUUCACUCAGAGCCAGAACGUCACAGUCCACAGACGGACACACACAGGAGAGAGACCCUACGAGUGUGCAUCGUGCAGGGAAACUCUUUUACACACAUGGUCAACUCAAAAAACACAUGAAGCGGUUUUCAGGGGAAAAAACCUACUCCUGUGAUAUAUGUGGUAAAACGUUUUGCCAAAGGGGACGAAUGAUUCGACAUAUGAACGCACACGCAGCAGGGAGUGUGGAGUAACCUAUACUGUACAUGUAUGGAAAACCCAUGUGGAAAAGACUUUUUUUUUUUUUAGGUAAAACACCUUUAAUGCACCAUUGAUACUUUGCAUUUGAUUGUUCUAUUUUCCACUAACAGACCAGUUAAG